UGUUUCUGUUCUGAGUAAUGUCCCAGCAGGCAGGAUGCUGAGGAUGGCGCGGCCAACACGGAACGCCGCUGGAGCAAUGAGCAGGCUGGAGAGUCAGAAAACACACCUGAAAAGUAUUUGUCUGCAAUAUCAGCUGUAUCUUCUUCUGAACAGCCUUUUAAAGAAUGAGAUGGGACUAAUCAUCUUCUUCCUAUGUGCUUACGUACCAAAGACAGCAGCAGGUCAUUGCAAGUGGACGGAAGUUCUGAAAGAUUUGGAGCUGAUCCAGACGUCCAAAGACAUUGAUGUCAGUUUAUAUACUGCAAACACAGAUGAGGAUAAAGAAUGCCAAGAACCUGUAAUGAGAUGCUUUUUGUUAGAGAUGAAAGUGAUUCUUCAGGAAUGUCAUAUCAAAAAUUGUAGUAAAACACAGGAUGUAUUGAACAUAUGGAAAAAUGGAAAUGCAAGCUUAGAAAAUAAUAAGUUGAAUUCCACAACAUCAGCAAAAUGCAAAGAAUGUGAAGAGUAUGAAGAAAAAAAUUUUACAGAAUUUAUACAGAGUUUCGUAAAGGUUAUACAGAGAGAAUGCAAACACUAACCAAAAGACAAGCUGGGAACUAAGAUUUCCCCAUGAACAUCCUCAGGGAAAUUAGAUUAACACCAACAAUAAAUUGGAAAGAACAUCACUCUACAAUCCUACUUACAGAGUAUAACACUUAAACAAAUAAUCAAAUCCCUGUAAUUCACAAUGUAUUCAUAACUGGAUACAUACAAAUUAUAUUACUUAUGAAAUAUACAUGAAAGGAAUUUAACAGGGUUUAAAGCUUCUUCUGGACUUAAAGUGUCUUUAUUUUUUGGUAAGUCUAUGGGAAAAGAAAUCCUGCCUAACUUACCAACUUUUCAAGAAAAUUCUUUAAGAAGAUCUCAAAAUAUCUGCAGUGGGAACCUCCUCAUAACAUCGGUUCAGGGCUAACUGAAUGGGGUUUCAGAGAAAAGCUCUUCUAUUGUUAUUAUUCAUAUAAAAUUAUCACGCCCUGUUAAAGCAUUUGGCUAUAGCUAUGUUUGUUACCUGGAAUCUAUCCCUUUAUCACCUGUGCUCCUAGAAGAUCCUAGCUCACCUCUCACUUCUGUUGUUAGUCAUGUCUGACAGUUCUCCUUGCUGUUUUUUUCUUCAUUAAUAUUCCUUCAACGAACUAGUGUCAAAACACAAGCUGAGGCCUAUUUGUCUUAAAGGUCUAUUGGCUAUCUCUUAAUAUAUUUAUUUCUACUGUGGUUUUCAGGUAAACCCAAUUUCUUGUUUUACCUAAGAAUUCAAAAUAAAAAAUUAGAAUAUUUA